UCCAGCACUACUUCACAAAAACAAUGGGAAAUGAGGGAAGCAAAUUGAGGGGUUUAAUUAUUGAGAAAAAUGCAGUUGAGGCAAAUGAUUUUUGGACGUUGUACAACGCCGAAUCUUCGGCAUCCUCAAAUGAAGAAGGAAGCAGCAGCGGCUUGCUCCUAUCUGUAUUCCAAGGUGAACACCUUGUUAAGGGUCAGUUGUGGGCUGAGGGUGCAGGUCCCAUGGAGAGGUGUAUAAAGAACCUUAUGGUCUACCGGCAUCCGUAUAUAUUAAAAUACAUAGCUACCUGGGAAAAAUCUGGCCAGAAGCAUCUAGCUACAGAGAGAGUUCGGCCCUUAAACGAGGUUCUGGCCGAGCAGAGUGGAAUGCAAAUCUGCCUUGGCCUACGCACAAUACUGUGUAGUCUUAUAUUUUUGAUUGAGAAAGCUCUUGCUCGACAUUUGAACAUAAGCAUCCAUUCCAUUUAUGUGACUGACAGUGGCAACUGGCGUCUCGCUGGAUUCGAAUACGUGUGGAAGGCCAAUGAGGUGAAUGGACAGUUGAUCGAUUUGGCACGUCAUUUUAUGGACCCAAGCAACCGUGGCGAAGACUUUGAGCAGUUUGCGUUUGCAACUCUUUGCGAACAGGUCCUGGACAAACGAAGUAGCACUAAAGACGUCACUCCACAUUAUCAUGAGUUUCGCGAAUACUGCAACUCACAUAUGAAACACCAAAUUAGUGAGCUAAGGCCGAAGCUAUCAGCGGUUUUACUGCAUCCUUACUUUAAUCACGAGUUUGUAUUUAUACAUUCCUUUUUAUUUGAGCUGCCGUUAAAGUCUGUUCAGGAACGCCAGAAUUUCUUCGCUACUUUGAUUGAACGUCUGCGUUGUUUUGAUGAGCAAGUUGUGGCCUCGGAACUAGCGAGCAGUUUGCUAUCUAGGAUGGUCCUACUUGAUCCAACAGCCCACCAAUUUGUAACACCCAAUGUCUUGCGAACGAAAGCCACCACAGCUAAAGCAACAGUACCGUUGUUUUCCCCACAGAUUUAUGUCAAAUAUUUACUGCCGCACAUUCUGAAGAUGUUUCGUCUUCGUGAUGCUCAGAUCCGUUUAAUACUCCUCGACUACUUCAUGGACUAUGUUCGUCUUUUAAGCGAUGAACAGUUAUUGUCCGAGAUUCUGCCAAACUUGCAGCUCGGCAUGAACGACACGAAUGACGUCUUAGUUGCUAAGACGCUUAGGUGCAUGGCUGAUUUAGUUCCCAUUUUGGGGGCCCACAAAGUUCUAGGUGGUGAGAAUCGUAAAAGAUGUUUUUCUGAUGGUCGGCCGCACGCUGCUGUUUCCACAGAUAUACAAAAUCCCGUACAAGAGCCCCGAUCUAUUACUCCCUUGAUGAACGGCUGCUCUGUCGAUGUGGAGGAGGACGGCUUCAUGAUGUCUGGUAGUCCCUUGCCAACCGAGACAGUGAGCAGUGCGGAUCACUUUGAGCUUCGUCUUAGUCCAGACGGAGGUGAAGAUGAUAAAAAUGCCAAUUUAAGUGAGGAAUCCUCCCUGGAUAUCGGCAACAGGAACAUCAGCUCCGUUGGCGAAGCUCACGAAAAAAACGCCCCAAACGGGAAUGAAGACGAUAUGUGGUCGGAUUGGGAUGUAACAGAUGAGUUGCAGAGAUUACAUUAUAAGCAGCCAAAAGUGGAAGAAGCGGGCAUCCAAAAUAAUUUGUCUUCAAAAAAUGUGGACACCAAAAAUAGUGCCCCGAUCUCGGAAACUUAUCAGGCCGCCUCGAAUCCUACAGCCAGCUCAAACAUAUCCAUUGGGGCAGUUAAGACUAGCACGCAUCUUAUCGAUGAUCUGAGUGCACUUGAUAUACAAGUGCAACUGAUGACAUCGGCGGUCGAUGGCUCAGAGUUGACAGAAUUCGACUUCUUCAAGGACAUGGAACCAGUCAUUGGCGCAAAAGCCAGUGGCAGUAGAGCGACAGAGGCAAUCAGUAGCCGCUUUGCUGCUGCUGAUUCAUUACAAUUUAAUGAUGAUAGUCUAAAUGCAAAGGUGGAUCAGGGUUGGGGUCAUGACGAAGAAGAGGACGACGACGUUGUCUGGGGUGUCACUAACGCAGUCACAACCUAAGACAACUUUUAUUAUAUGAAUUAUUAAUGUUUAAUAAGUGUAAAAUCAACGUUAUGCAAUGCAAUAAAAUUCACUUAAAAAAGCCUAA